GUCGUCAAACACGGUCUUUCGAGUUUGAUAUAUUACAUACAGCGCUGCACUUACCUUAAUCUGAAAUAUUGUGAAUGAGGACUGUUAAAGAAGCUUUUAUUUAUUUCCCACGUUUAUUCUUUGUGAUUGGCUGUAAACAAUCUUUUAAAUCACCGACUUGACCCAAUAAAAUUCGAGACUCGUCGUUCACAUUCAUCAGUUGAUAGCUGCGUCCCACAGUGACACAAAGUAUUCAGAGUAGUGGAAGGAAAAUGAAGUGGCUUGGCUUACUCCUCUUCGUUACAGCAGUGUUUGGAGCAUCAGAAAAUCCUGACGAGAAUGAGGGCGUCCAUGACCCAGAUCUGUUUGAGGGAGACAUGAUUCUUUCAAGCGAGCAGAUUAGGAGGGCUAAGAAUGGAAAAGAUGUUGAUAUUUCCCGAAAAAGAGGCGCAUCCAGAUUCAGAAUGUGGCCCGAUGGAGUCGUUCCUUAUGUCAUCGAUCAAAGUCUCAGGGUCGAUUCCCGAGCUGUGGACGCUGCUAAUGCAGGAAUGGAAGAAUGGAUAAUGAAAACAUGUAUCCGCUUUCGAGAAAGAACAACUGAGCGAGAUUUUGUCAACUUUACAUCUGGCGGCAACGUACGGGGAUGCUCAUCAUAUAUUGGAAGAAUCGGAAGCGGUCAAGACAUAAAUCUUGGUCGAGGAUGCUGGACCAGGGGAAUUGUUGCUCAUGAAAUUGGGCAUGCAAUUGGGUUCUACCACGAACAGUCUCGUCCCGACAGAGAUGAUCACAUCACAAUACAGCCCGAAAAUAUCAUCCAGGGUUUCGAGUCCAACUUUUUAAAGUAUAGCCAUUCGAGGAUUGAUUCCCUCGGAACCUCAUACGACUACGGAAGUUUGAUGCAUUAUGGAAGCAGAGCAUUCUCCAGGAAUGGACUACCAACCAUUGUGGUUAAGACUCCAGGGGUCACUAUUGGUCAGCGGCAAGGUUUAAGUCCCAUUGAUGCACAGCAAGCAGAUCUUCUGUACCAGACAGAGUGCGCCAGCAGGAGAGAAGCGGGAGGAGGAGCGACCACUUUGCCACCAACAACUACUCAAAUGCCAACAACAUCAGGAACAACUACUUUGCCACCAACAACAACCCGGCUACCUCCAACGACAGGAAGUUGUCAGGACAGAGACAGCAGAUGUAGAUAUUGGCCCCGUUUCUUCUGCUGGUUCUACAGAUACGUCAGAGACAACUGCAGGAAAAGAUGCCGGCGCUGCUAAGCGGGAUAUGAAACCAGCAGCUUAAUUCUUGUCUAACGAGUUUAUUCAGCAAAGGAUCUAUUUUCGCCUUGUUCAUUUUAUUGUCUUCUGUUUUUUUGUUUUUCGUUAUUUAUUAGUUAAACUCUUAAAGGAACUACGAAGCGUGCGAAGGGCGUUUCUUAACACCCUUACCCCAUUUCAGACCUCUACAAUUACUGCAAAUCUCUGAUACACUACCUCAGCGGGGCAGAAGUGGCUUGAAGUUGCCUAAAAGUUUCAGUAUAGGCUUUAAAUUUUUCAAACCUAGUUUUGACAAAUAAACGUAGACAAUUUAAGGCUAGAAUGCAAAAAAUACCUUAUUUCAGACCAACACGAUUUUGUGUAACUGGGGCGACAAGCUAAAGGUUCAUUGAUACUUAUAGGAAGAUGAA